AUGUUCAAAUUCGUAAUUGUCAUAUUUGCUGUCAUUGCCUGUGUUGCUGCUAAGCCUGGUUUGAUUAGUGCUCCAUUAGCUUACACUGCACCCGCUGCUGUUGUAGCUGCUCCAGCACCUUUUGUCACUGCCACAAGUAGUCAAGUUGUUGCUAGAAAUUUUAACGGAAUUGUUGCUGCACCAAUUGUCUCCGCUGCUCCAGUUGCCGCUCCAUUAGCUGUUGCACCAUUAGCUGCUGCCCCAUUAGUAUCUACGCCAGUUGUGAAAACUGUUGCACCUGUAGCUGUUCCCUUAGCUGCUGCUACUCCAUUGGCUGCUGCUCCUGUUGCAAAAGUCGUUGCACCAGUAGCUUACUCUGCUCCUUUGGCCUACUCUGCUCCUUUAGCUUAUUCUGCUCCUCUUAUUCGUGCUUCAUAUACAGGAGUGCCAUUGUCUUAUAGUGCACCAUUAUCUUACUCUGCCGCUGCCCCAGUUCUAUUGUAA